AUGGCUCCGGUGCAAAGGACAGCGAGAAGUCGACCAGUCAGUUUAAUCGCACAUCAUCAUCAUUCUAGUAUGAUGAUAAGUCGUCAGCAAUUAAUGCUUGUUCAACAUUAUAAUACCUCCGAAAUCAGUUGUUGUGUCAAAUACACAAUUUUUGGGUUUAACGUUUUGUUUUGGAUUAUUGGUUUUGCGCUUCUCGCAGUUGGUGUCUGGGCUCAUUUUGAGAAGAACAGUGCUUAUUCUCAUCUGAAUAAGGCAUCCAAAUUUUAUCUUGAUCCAGCAAUAUUUCUUAUUUUUGCUGGUGGUCUCAUAUUCUUGAUCGGUUUCAGUGGUUGUGUUGGUGCCUUAAGAGAAAAUACAUGUUGCUUGGCUUUGUAUUCAACAAUUAUCGGUCUUCUUUUAUUAGCUGAAAUGGCUUUAGUUGUUUUGGUGUUCGCUUCUAAGGACUGGAUCACUCAAGAAUUUUUCAUAAGAUUGGAUGAUACGGUUAUAAUGUACCGAGAUGAUCCAGAUCUGCAAGCGCUUAUUGACUGGGUGCAAAUCUAUUUCAAAUGUUGUGGUAUGAGGUCACCAAAUGAUUGGGAUAUGAAUAUAUAUUUCAAUAAAUCAUCCCAGCAGUUUUCGUCCCCUGAGGCUGGUGGCGUACCGUAUUCGUGUUGUAAAAAAAUGCGUGGUGUGGAUGAUGGUCCUAUUAAUUUUUUUUGUGGACAUGGUGCUAGACUUUUCAAAGAGGGUUUGAGUGAUACGAUACACAGUGAAGGAUGUACACCCAAAAUUGAAAAUUACUUGUCACAGAAUAUGACUUACGUCGCGAUUGCAGUGAUUCUUGUUGCAGUUAUUCAAAUUCUGGGUAUACUCUUUGCUCAAAAUCUUCGUAGCGAUAUCUUUGCACAGCGUGCUAGGUGGUAUACCGGUAGAUGA